AUGUGGAAGGUUGGCUUCCUGCAAGAGCUUGGAGUUUCCAGAAACACCGAAACUGCCUCCCCUUGGGCGAUCCCAGCGCCUGGGGGCAAUAGCUCUGACGCAGUUCAGACUUCACUCCAAACCACAGAAGCGCAAACAACCUUUCUUCUCAGCCGGGCCUUUGAAGCGCUCUACUCGGCCGGGAAACACUUCGGAGCCAAACAGAAGCGGACUCCGACAGCGGCCGGCAGGGGACGGCAGACCCCAGCCUGUUCAGCCGCGGGGGCUGCCGCCCGCGCCCCCAGGUGGGGGUCCCCCAGUCCACCAAACCUGUCGCAGGUUUUCUGCUCAGAGGCUCCACCAGCCCAGUUCAUUCCCUUCUCAGGCUGCAGGCUCGGGCUGCAAGGGAGAGGAUUCCAAGGCGGGGAUGGGAGCUGGUGCGGGCGCCUGGCCAAUUGCUGUGGACGAUUUAUGCCUCUGAUAGGAAAACUGGAGAUGCUGGCCAAGUCGGCAGCUGCCUGCAUUCCGGCAAAGUCACGGGGCGGCGGCGGCGGCCUCGCGGCCAGUGCCCGCGCGGCGGGAGCCGGGACCCGCCCCGGGGAAGGAUGCGCGGAGCCAAGGCAAGGGUACGCAUUGGGAGAUUCAGCUUGCAAGAUUUCCGAGUCCGAUCCUGAGGACUUUUCAGAUGAAGCCAACACAGAGAACCUUUAUGGCACCUCUCCUCCCAGCACGCCUCGGCAGAUGAAACGCAUGUCCUCCAAGCACCAGAGGAAUAAUGUCGGGAGGCCCGCCGGCCGCGCGAAUCUGAAAGAAAAAAUGAAUGCACCAAACCAACCUCCACACAAAGACACUGGAAAAGCUGUGGAGAAUGUGGAGGAAUACAGCUACAAGCAGGAGAAAAAGCUCCGAGCGGCUCUCAGGUCCACAGAGCGAGACCACAAGAAGAACGUGCAGUGCUCAUUCAUGCUGGACUCCGUGGGGGGGGCUCUGCCCAAGAAGCCCAUCCCAGAUGUGGACCUCAAUAAGCCUUACCUCAGCCUCGGCUGCAGCAACGCCAAGCUUCCGGUGUCUGUACCCGUGCCGAUAGCCAGAACCGCCCGCCAGACUUCCAGGACUGACUGUCCGGCGGAUCGCUUAAAAUUCUUUGAGACUCUCCGACUUCUGCUAAAGCUUACCUCAGUCUCAAAGAAGAAGGACCGGGAGCAAAGAGGACAGGAGAGCACGUCCGCGUUCUGGUUUAACCGCUCCAACGAACUGAUCUGGUUAGAGCUGCAAGCCUGGCACGCCGGCCGGACCAUUAACGACCAGGACCUCUUUUUAUACACGGCCCGCCAGGCCAUCCCGGACAUCAUCAACGAGAUCCUCACCUUCAGAGUUGACUACGGGAGCUUCGCCUUCCUUAGGCACGGAGCUAGUCUUAGCCGUACUUCGGUGGAAGGGCAGUUGGGAGCCCCUCGCGGGACGCAGCCUGCGGGUCACUCAACCUAUCACGAGCACCUCCAGCGCCAGAGAGUGUCCUUCGAGCAGGUCAAGCGGAUCAUGGAGCUACUGGAGUACAUAGAGGCACUUUACCCGUCGUUGCAGGCUCUUCAGAAGGAUUACGAGAAGUACGCUGCCAAGGACUUCCAGGACAGGGUGCAGGCACUCUGUUUGUGGUUAAACAUCACAAAAGACUUAAACCAGAAAUUACGGAUUAUGGGCACCGUUUUGGGCAUCAAGAAUUUAUCAGACAUUGGCUGGCCGGUGUUUGAAAUCCCCUCCCCGCGAUCGUCCAGAGGCAACGAGCCCGAGGACGAGGCCGAGGACGUGGAAGAACUGAAGGAGCUGGCCAGCAGCACGGAGGAGAGUGAGGAUGAGCCGAGCUGCGGCCCGCAGGCACCGCAGGCCCGGCCGCCCGCCGCCCGCAGUCCCCACGUCCAGCCGCCCCCGCACCAUGCCCCGAAGAAGCUCGAGAGGCUGGAGUCCGAGGACGAGUGUGUCGGCUGGGGAGCCCCAGACUGCAGCGCGGAGGCAGGCGUUAGUAGACACUGUCUGACUUCUAUCUAUAGACCCUUUGUAGACAAGGCACUGAAGCAAAUGGGGUUGAGGAAGCUGAUUUUAAGGCUUCACAAGCUGAUGGACGGUUCCCUGCAGCGGGCACGUAUAGCACUGGUAAAGAGCGACGGUCCAGUGGAGUUUUCUGAAUUUCCAGAUCCCAUGUGGGGUUCAGAUUAUGUACAGCUGUCCAGGACGCCGCCUUCCUCGGAGCAGAAGUGCAGCACCGUGUCCUGGGAGGAGCUGAAGUCCAUGGAUUUACCCUCCUUCGAGCCUGCCUUCUUAGUCCUCUGUCGAGUCCUUCUGAACGUCAUUCACGAAUGUCUCAAGUUAAGGCUGGAACAGAGACCCGCUGGAGAGCCAUCCCUCUUGAGUAUUAAGCAGGUAUAUUUUGAUUACAUGAGAAGCUGGAUCCAAAUGCUACAGCAGUUACCUCAAGCAUCUCAUAGUUUAAAAAAUCUGUUAGAAGAAGAAUGGAAUUUCACCAAAGAAAUAACCCACUACAUCCGGGGCGGAGAAGCGCAGGCUGGAAAACUUUUCUGUGAUAUUGCAGGAAUGCUGCUGAAAUCGACAGGAGGCUUUCUAGAGUCUGGCUUACAGGAGAGCUGUGCAGAAUUCUGGACCAGUGCCGACGACAGCAGUGCUUCAGAUGAAAUAAGGAGGUCAGUUAUAGAAGUCAGCCGAGCACUGAAGGAGCUCUUCCACGAGGCCAGGGAACGAGCCUCCAAGGCGCUGGGGUUUGCCAAGAUGCUGAGAAAGGACCUGGAAAUAGCCGCAGAGUUCAUACUUUCGGCCCCAGUCAGAGACCUUCUGGACGCCCUGAAAUCAAAGCAGUACGCUAAGGUACAAAUUCCUGGCUUAGAAACCUUGCAGGUGUUUGUUCCAGACGCUCUUGCUGGGGAGAAGAGCAUUAUUUUGCAGUUACUCAAUGCAGCUGCAGGGAAGGACUGCUCCAAAGAUUCCGAUGAGGCACUAAUUGACGACUAUCUGCUUCUGACCAAACAUGGUGACCGCGCUGCGGACUCAGAGGACAGCUGGGCUGCGUGGGAGGCACCGCCUGUCAGGAUCGUGCCUCCGGGGGAGACGGUUGACACCCUGAGAAGCAGGCAGGUGGACAAUUUCUUGCUCGUGGUCAUGCACUCCGCACAGCUCGUAAUCCACAGGAAAGCUUUCCAGCAGUCCAUCGAGGGGCUCAUGACUCUACGCCAGGAGCAGACUUCCAGUCAGCCCGUCAUCGCCAAAGCCUUGCAGCAGCUGAAGAAUGAUGCCCUAGAGCUCUGCAACAGAAUAAGUGAUGCCAUUGACCGAGUGGACCACAUGUUCACUUCAGAAUUUGAUGCUGAAGUUGAUGAAUCUGAGUCUGCUACACUGCAGCAGUAUUACCGAGAAGCCAUGAUCCAAGGGUACAAUUUUGGGUUCGAGUAUCACAAAGAAGUUGUUCGUUUGAUGUCUGGCGAGUUUAAGCAGAAGAUAGGAGACAAGUAUAUAAGCUUUGCCCGGAAAUGGAUGAAUUAUGUCCUGACUAAGUGUGAGAGCGGCAGGGGGACGAGACCCAGGUGGGCAACUCAAGGUUUUGACUUCCUGCAAGCCAUUGAGCCUUCAUUCAUCUCUGCUCUGCCAGAAGACGACUUCCUGAGUUUGCAAGCCCUGAUGAACGAGUGCAUUGGCCAUGUGAUAGGAAAGCCGCACAGCCCUAUUACAGCCAUUCAUCGGAACAGCCCCCGUCCUGUGAAGGUACCGCGAUGCCAUAGCGACCCUCCUAACCCGCAUCUGAUUAUCCCAACUCCAGAGGGAUUCAGGGGUUCCAGCGUCCCUGAAAAUGACCGCCUGGCUUCCAUCGCAGCUGAGUUGCAGUUCAGGUCGCUGAGCCGCCACUCCAGCCCCACCGAGGAGCGCGAGGAACCAGCAUAUCCAAAAGGUGAUUCAAGUGGGUCAACUCGAAGAAGUUGGGAACUUCGGACACUUAUCAGUCAGACCAAGGGUAAGAGAAAGAAUGUUGAAUCGCGCGGCGGCGGUGGUUUGCGUGGCCUGCUGAACGCCCCGCCCAGCCCCUCGCCUCAGCUGCCACCUCGACGCUUCCCCUAG